GGAGUCUUCCAGUAUUUAUGUUUGUAAAUAUUUAUUGGAUGAGGGCGCUCAACUUGCGAUUUUUGAUCCUGAAGUGAGCAGAGAACAGAUUGUUAACGAAUUGACACAUCCCAUGAUAUCUGAAGAUCCUGAACGAGUUGAUCGUUUGGUUACUAUAGCAACCAAUCCUUAUGAAGCUCUACAUCAUGCACAUGCUUUGGUGAUUUGUACAGAGUGGGAUGAAUUUAAGGGCUAUGAUUACAAAAGAAUCUAUGACAAUAUGAUGAAACCAGCAUUUGCUUUUGAUGGAAGGGGUGUGCUGAAUACGGAAUCUUUAAUAGAAAUUGGUUUCCAUGUAGAGGUGGUUGGUAAGGUGGUUUCAAAGACUGACAUGAUUCCACUGACUCCACCUGCUGAGAAGUAG